CUUCCCCCCCCCCCCCGGUUCUGGCGAUGCAGGCGGCCUUGGAAAGCGGGAAGCAGGGGCCCGAAGCCCCCGGCUGUAGCCUUGCCCGCCCUGCCCUAGCUUGCACAGCCCUGGCUGCCCCAGACUGGGAGAUGGGGGCUGCCUGACCGGCCGGGGUCCCCCGUCGCCUCCGCCUUCUCCCCACUCCCCCCUUCGCCGUGGGUUUCCUGCGCUGCCGCCAUGGACGACGCCUCGACCCUGGAUUACGAGCUGCUAUCGCCCGGGCAGGCGGAGGCCGGUCCCGGGGUCCCCGGCAUGGACGCCGAGCAGAAGACGGUGUUUGCCUUUGUCAUCUUUCUGCUCAUCUUCCUGGUGACGCUGAUGGUGCGCUGCUUCCGCAUCUUGCUGGACCCGUACAGCCGCAUGCCGGCCUCCUCCUGGACUGACCACAAGGAGGGGCUGGAGCGUGGCCAGUUCGACUACGCCCUCGUCUAGCUGGGCACCCCGGGCCUCGGGGCCCUGGGCGAGGAGCCCCCGGAGCUGCUGCCGGUCUGGGGCUGCCUCCGCCCCACUGUAUUUCUGUGUGACGUGUCUGUCUUGAGGGGGGAGCCAGGGGCGGACCGUCCUCCCCUUUGCUGUGGCUUUUCGGUGUUUUUUUGUGUCGUAGAGACGGAGAGUGGGACUGGGGGGGCGCAGCCAGGAAAAGGGACGUUGGGGUUUGCAGGCCACUGCAAACGGGGACCUGGAUCACUGUUGCCAAAAAAUUCAGGAAUUUGCCCUCCGCCAGCCUCCUCCCCCCCAAAAAAAAAAUCUGGGGAGGGGGGCCGUGCGGCGUGUGCAAAUUUUGCACACUCGGGGAGCACCCAUAAGCCCCUGCCUUAUGCUGGCUUGUGAAAAAAACAACAAAGAUUUGUGUUCUUUUUCACCCAGUGGCCGAAAGAGAGAGAGAGAGAAAAAACAAACCCUCACCUCAUUUGCAAAUUCACACGGAGGCCUUAAAAUCGCCACCACGGCCUCUUAAAACCCCUUUCCAGCCAGCUGGCCUACCUUGCAAAGCUGUUGGGAACAUUCCUGAUCGGAAUGCCAGCAGGCGACGGGAGGCCUGGUUUUUGGAAACAGCCUUCUCGACCUGGGAUGGUGGUGAGGGAGUUGCCCCCUUCUGUGGACUACAUGCCCCGUGAUUCCCAGCCUGGGAAUUAGAGGGUUUUAGGGCGCCCAGGACGAUGGUGUGUAUUUGUUUACCGUCCAAACCUAAAAAAAAAAAAGUUCCCUUCUUUUUUUGCAAGCCAAAACCUCCUCCUUUGCGUCGAAGGGUCUGUGUGGGUCAGUGUUUGGUGUGCGUGCGUGUGUGCAUUUGUAUAUCUGUGUGAUGACUAAGUGUGAUCUUUUGGGAGUCUCUGUGUGUCACUCCUAUAACAAACGGAGCUGGAUAAUCCAGUGCUGGCAGGCGCUCUCUUUUUCCCCCGUGCCCCGUAACGAUUCAUUAAUUACAUUGAUUAGUAAUAAUAAUGAUGAGGAUUAAUAAAGAGAUUAAUGCUUUCGGGAGCCAAAGGCGGGGAUUAAAAAGCAGCUUUAGUGGCGUUAAACCAGUCUUUCUAAACCUUGGCCGUUUUAAAGUGGGUGGACUUCAACUCCCAGAAUUCCUCAGCCAGCAUGGGAAAAAAAAAAGCAAGGUUUUACAUUUAGGCAGGAAAAACCAAAGGUUCAAGCACAGAUUGAGCUUAAAAACAGCAACUGUGAGAGGGACCUUGGAGUCCUAGUGGACGAUCCCUUGACCCUGAGCCAGCCGUGUGCAGCAGCAGCCAAAAAAAGCUAACACAAUCCUGGUUUGUAGAAACAGAGGCAUGUAAUCACGAUCACUCAAAGUAUUAGUACUGCUUUGUAAAACCCUAGUAAGGCCACAUCUGGAAUACUGCAGCCAGUUUUGGUCACCAUAUCACAAAAAAGAUGUUGAGAGUUUGGAAAAAA